AUGUUUUAUAUUGGUGGGCUUCUAUUUCACUUUGCAAAGAACCCAAAUUAUCAUAAUUGCUAUGCAUAUGUAGCUACUCAUAACAUUCCAGGUUGUAUUCUUCCUGGAUACAAUGUCUUGAGAACAACACUUUUGCAAAAAGAAAGAGCUAAUGUUGAAAGACUUUUGAAACCAAUUAAGGACACUUGGAAUGCAAAUGGUGUAAGUAUAGUUUAUGAUGGAUGGCUAGAUCCACAGAGGAGGCCUCUUAUUAAUAUUAUGGUUGCAUCAGAUGGGGAUCUAGUGUUUAUAAAGGCAAUCAAUGGGUCAAGUGAGUACAAAGAAAAACAUUUUAUUGCUAGGUUGUUGAAGGAUGUUAUAAAAGAGAUUGGACAUGAAAAAGUUGUCCAAGUCAUCACUGAUAAUGCUAGUGUGAUGAAGGCUACUGAAACUCUUAUUGAAGAUGAAUAUCCCAGAAUAUUUGGGGCACCAUGUGUUAUCCACACUCUCAAUCUAGCUUUGAAGAAUAUUUGUGCAACAAAAAACAUAGAAAAGAAUGAAGUUACAUAUGAGGAAUGUAGUUGGAUUUCAUGUAUUGCUGAUGACGUAUCCUUCAUACGUGUUUUUAUUAUAAACCAUUCAAUGAGGUUGGCAAUGUUCAAUGAAUUUUUUUCUUUAAAACCACUUCAGGUUGUUGAUAUUAGAUUUGCUUUAGUUAUUGUAAUGCUUAAAAGGUUAAAGUUGAUAAAGAGAUGCCUUCAAGCCAUGGUUAUUAAUGACCAAUGA